AACUAAUUCUCUUUAGAGUCCUGAUUUCACCAACGUCCAGGAGAGCUGGGGACUCGCCGUUCUGCCUUCGAUUCAAACAGCUGGCGUCCACAUUAACACGAAUCCACCAUGACCAGCAAACACGUGGUGUUCAAGAAGACGUCCCGCAACAAGGCGGUCACUGUCUACAUGGCCAAGCGGGACUUUGUGGACCACUGUGACUUCGUGGAGCCAGUAGAUGGGGUUUUGUUGAUCGACCCUGGGCAGCUGAAAGGAAAGCGAGUGUAUGUGAUGCUGUCCUGCACGUUCCGGUAUGGCAGACAGGAUAUGGACGUGAUGGGCAUGGUGUUCAGGAGAGACCUGUUCCUGGUGACACGGCAGGUUUACCCAGAACUGCAGGACAAAAGCAGACUGACCCACACCAGAGCCCAGGAGAAACUUCUCCACAAGCUGGGACCAAAUGCCAUCCCUUUCUUCUUCGAGUUUCCAGACAAUCUGCCAUGUUCAGUGUCUCUGCAGCCUGGGCCCUCGGACGUAGGAAAGAAAUGUGCCGUCGAGUUUGAAGUGAAGGCUUUCUGUGCCGAGAACCAAGACGACAAGAUUGAGAAACAGACUUCCGUUCGUCUCUCCAUCCGUAAGAUCCAGUUUGCUUCGGAGGACAUGAAACUGGUUCCCACAGCAGAGACCACCUUUGACUUCCUCAUGUCGGAGAAACCGCUUCGUCUCAAGCUCAGCCUGCAGAAGGAGACGUAUUACCACGGUGAACCGAUCAAAGCCAGUGUGGAGAUCACCAACUCCUCCAGCAGAAACAUUAAAGACAUCAGUGUCUCCGUUGAACAGGUGACCAAUGUGGUUUUAUAUGCAAAUGACAAGUAUGUCAAGUCAGUCGCCAAAGAAGACACCAGCGACACGGUGCUGUCUGGGACCAGCCUGAAGAAGGAAUACACUCUGUACCCUCUGCUCGCCCACAACACGGACCGCAGAGGCCUCGCGCUGGAUGGCAAACUCAAGCACGAGGACACAAACCUGGCUUCCUCUAGCGUGGUGAAGGAGGAGGUGCUUAAGGAGGUGCAGGGCAUCCUGGUGUCCUACCGGGUGGUUGUGAAAAUGAUGGCGUCCGGGACGGUUGGGUCCAGCGAGGUCUCUCUGGAGGUCCCUUUCAAACUCAUGAAUCCAAGACCUGAACCAGCCAAGGAGAGUGAGUCACAUGACAUGGUCUUUGAGGAGUUUAAGAGGGUCUACCUGAAGGGGGUGGUUGGGGACGACGAUGAGUCGCCCACUGAGGCCUAGGACCACAGACGGCCACCGCCGGUGGACAGACGGAGCGACAGACAGAUGGAGUUAUAGACAGCAUGAAUGUAGACUCAUCGUGUCACUGGGGUUUGGUGUUGACAUAGUUUGGUUUCAGAGUAGCAGGGUGGAGGUCAGAGGUCGCUCAGUUAGCUUCAGUGUUUAAUAAAACAUCGCUGCAGUACAGACCAACAUGUGGGCUGGCUUGAUUUCUUUAUUCUGUAACAGCCUGGACUCACCUAGACCAUUAUGACGUAGUCUAGAUCAUUAAAACGUAGAUCAUGACGUAGACUAGACCAUUAUCAUGUAGACUAGAUCAUUAUGACAUAGAUCAUGACGUAGACUAGAUCAUUAUGACAUAGAUCAUGAUGUAGACUAGACCAUUAUGACGUAGACUAGCUCAUUAUGAUGUAGAUCAUGACGUAGACUAGAGCAUUAUGACGUAGAUCAUGACGUAGACUAGAUCAUUAUGACUUAGAUCAAGACGUAGACUAGUUCAUUAUGACGUAGACUAGAUCAUUAUGAUGUAGAUCAUGACGUAGACUAGUUCAUUAUGACAUAGAUUAGAUCAUUAUGAUGUAGACUAGACCAUUAUGAUGUAGACUAGAUCAUUAUGAUGUAGAUUAUGACGUAGACUAGAUCAUUAUGACGUAGAUCAUGAUGUAGACUAGAUCAUCAUGAUGUAGACUAGAUCAUUAUGACAUA